CUGCUCAACAAUAAAUCUUUUUGUGUCAUAGCAGACUGCAUACUCUUAUCAAUGCGGCGCCAACCGCAGACUACCAAAACAAAAUUCCCCUACUUCCAUUUCCCUCUCUCUCUCUCUCUCUCUCCCUCUCACGCAGAUUUCCUUUGUCCCCUUCUUCUUCCCCUCUUUCUCCCCCGCCGCCUAAAUCUUCUUCCGGUGUCGUCUCUUUUUUCUUUUGGCUGCGCCCCUUACUCUGUUUCUGACGAUCAUCCGUACAAUCAGAAUCAGGAAUCGGAGGGGAAUUCCGUUCUGGGUUCUCUUGAUCGUUUCUCAGCAGGGGAGUUCCAAGGGUAAAAAGAAGUUCUUUGGUAGCAGAGCAGCGGCAUCGGUGGGGGCAGUUGAGGAGACGAAGGUUGAGAUCAUUUAUAUUCCUCCAUUUUGGUUUUUACUGAAUUCCUCUUUUCUGGUCCAUGGAGACUUUGAUUGGAAACCUGAAAACCCCAUCAGUGAGUGAGUUUGUCAUGGUUGAUUACCUUUGUUUUCCCAAAUCCUCAAUCAUGACUUAUGGAACUGAAAUUCAUUGCCAUGGGUUUAGAUCUACUCAGAGUUUUCAGUUUAGCAAGCAUCCAGAAAGGGUUUUCGGUUUUGAUGCAAAAAGGCAAAAGCAGGGGGCCAUCUACUACUAUUUCAAUUUUGUCUUUAUUGACUUUUUUUGCUGUAAAAAAUUGGGGGGUGGUGUUGUUGGUUUGUUAGAGGCUCCAGACUCCAGAGUGUUUAGAGAAGUUCAAAACUUUUGUCUUUUCUUUAAUCUCUUCUUUAAAUUCUUCAUCAUCGUGAGAAAUUCAAAUUGUCUCAUCUUCCAUCUUUGACAUUUUGUCUGCUGAAUCCUCUUUUCCAUUCUAUUCUUAUGUUUCCGUCCUCUACUAGGAAAAGGAAGGUCAGAGAUUUUGAGGAAAUGAUCUUAUAUGAUCAUUCAUUCUGUUGCAGCUUGGUUGAUUCCUUUCAUUAAUCCCAUCUUCCUUCCCUACUAGGAUAAUUCUUGAACUUGUUUCUACUCAUUUGUUUUAGGGGUCGUUGCUUGUCACUGUCAUGUUCCUAUGCUUGGAGGUUUCUUAGGGGAUAUUCAGUUAGUAGUCUGCCUAGGAUUCUUAACCUUCUUUGGGGUGAUUUGAUUUUACAUGUCAAACUCAAUGUCCCUUACUUCAACUCUUUGUCAUUGAGUUUUGUAAAUUGCUCUUAAUUUGUCUCCUGAUGAUUGCAACUGCUUUUUAUAUAACUAUUCACGUUGCUUUCUGGGCAGGAAAGUUCAUAGCGUGGCGUUCUCCUCAAGUUUCUACAGUCUGAUAUCUGUUGAAAUAUGAAACUCGAGGGUAAACAAGGUCAUAAGUCUGGUACUGAAGCGUUUGAAUACAUCAAUAAUCAUCUGGGGUCUCUCGGUCUUAAAUCUGGAGAGAAUACUCUGAAGGAGGACCAGAAAGGUCUACCGCGUGAUACGAAACUGAGGGAAGACUAUGUUGAUCAAAUCCUAUACAAGAAGACUAGUGAUGAAGUUGCCAAAAUAGACUCCAGAAGACAUGAUGAAUACAGUGAAAAUCUGGACGAUUCAUCACCAGAUAAUGGUGACGUUGAGUUGAGAAGAUUCGUGGUUGAGCCAUUACAGAAUACCGAUGAGAUGCCUGAAUUGAUGGUUUGUUAUGAAGACAACUCGAACCAUGCGGUGAAGGACAUCUGCAUUGAUGAAGGGGUUCCAUUGCAGGAUAAGUUCUUGUUCGACAUGAGUAUGGAUGAAGGGUAUCUGUCAACAUUCUUGCCUCCUGAAAAAGCUGUGGCACAAGUUGAGGUGUUGAAAGAACCUGUUGAAGUAAUAUCUGUGCCGAAAUCUUCUGUUGCUGGACCAGAAGAUGAGGACCUUCCGUCAAUAGAAUUCAAAGACGCAAAAGAUAUGGGAUUUGUAAAUGUCGAGUUUCAUUCGGAGCGGUCAAUGCAAAACAAGGAAGUGGAGGAGAAAGAAGCAUCUGAUAAUUCUAAUGCACUGAAAAGGAGCCUUUCUCUUGGAGAUUUGCUUGCCCUUCCAGAACCAGGGAAAAAUUCUUCAAACUCACUAGAUGCUUCAAAGACGCGAGAUGAAAAUCGAGCCUCUGCAGCCACCUAUGAAGGACAUGAGAAUGACAGCAUGGGAGCAAGCUCGGUGGACCCUUCCAUGAUGUCUGUUUCAAAACAAGAGGGAGUUACUACGGCCACCACCCCUGCUUCUACUAAAUCCGAGUCUCCUAAAGGUUCAUCGGUCCAAGAGAAUGAGGAACAUGAAAGACGCAGUUUGGAUUCAGUCUCUGAUGAACUGGCUGACGAAGUUGUGGGCCGCUUAUCUUUCGAGGGCAGGGCCAGAAAUGCAGCAGCACCCGUUAAUACUCCCCAGUCUGAAAAGGAGAAGCUCCUUUCCAGUGACGAUUCUGACCUUGUCAAGACACUAAUCUCUCCCCGGAUUGGAGGUACUGAUUCACAACCCAAUUCCAAUCGCCUUCAGUACAAUCAAGGAGAGUCUAGCUUCACCAUGGUUGGCUCUGAACCAGUUCCUUAUUCGGGAAGUAUCUCGAUGAGAUCAGACAGCAGCGCCACCAGUACACGCUCUUUUGCUUUCCCAGUAUUGCAAAAUGAAUGGAACAGCAGUCCGGUGAGGAUGGCGAAAGCUGACAGGAGACAUUUCAGGAAGCACAGACGCUGGAGGCAGGGGUUACUCUGCUGUAAAUUCUGAAAGUGCUUGUUGCUCCCCCCACCUACUCUGUCGAUAUUAGAUUUAGAGGCGUGAGAUAUAUUAUUAUGAUUAUGGUUAUGAUUAUACAUACAAUUAUCAAGUAUUACAGAUCAUCAUCUAGAGGUAGUAAUGGAAAGAAAUGAAGAAAAAAGUAUACAUCUUUCCUGGUUUUCGCCAGUCCCCGGUGGAGUUGAUGUGUGAAACCACCACCAUUGUUAUCUCUGUAAUUCUUUGGUGGUGCUGAGUUUAUUGUGGUGAAGAGUUUGACGAGAUUGAUUGAUUCUUGUGGGAACUGGAGAAUAUUGUGUUUUGUUGAAGCUUUUCAGGGGAAUGUAAGGUCAUGGCUUCAUUAGUGGCACAGAUGCAUGCAAGGCAAUGGAAGGGGACUGAUAUUUGGACCCUGGCCCUGGCCCUGGCCCUGGCCCAUCUUCUUCUUUUGGUUCGAAGAAAACUAUGAUGUUGGCACUUGAAGCUGUACCUAAAAAGAUUAGCGUACCAAGGCAGUAAAAGAAAAGAAGCCAACAUGUUUAUAUGGGGAGAAUCAAUGGGGUCUUACUUCUGUUGCCGACAGUAUGUGUAUAGUACAAAACAGUGGUCGGCAGAAAUAAAUGGGGAAAGAGAUGUACAAAGUGUCAUGAGCGUGGUCGUUGAGAAUUCCAAGUGGUUGUUACGGGACUGGUUUAGCUUCCGAGGAUUAGCACCAUUCUAAGUAGAAUCAUAGUUGUAAUAAAUUUUUUGCGAAUGUAGUCGUUUUUUUCAAUGGCGGGACUACAACUCUGACUCAAUUAUAGUUGAGUUGUAGUCAAUGUUUUGCAGUUGCAGUAGUUACUUUUUUACCGUUGUAGUUAAGAUUGUCAAACUGGAUUAAGCUACUAAGCCUGUUUAGGUGAUUUGAGGUUUAAUGAUCGG